CAUUAAGAACUGUCUCUUUUUUCUAUAAAACUAUUAUUAAAUGUUCAAAAUAAAACCUUUUAUAGAUCCAUAUUCCAACCUCAUCAAAACCAUUUCUUCUUUAAACUCACAAAACUAAAACCAGAGAAGAAGAUGACUUGACUCUCUCUUAUGAUGCUUCUAAGGAAAAAUAAUCAGUAGAUAAUAAUAAUAUCAUCAUGUGAAUGUAACUGAGAUCUGCAACAGCCAUAGCCAUAGCCAUGGAGGAAACCCCAUUACCAGAAGAAACCUCUAUUUCAAGUGGUUUAACUAUCAAAAUAUCAGGAACUAAAUCCAAUGAGCAACUCUCUUUAUCUCAAUCAUCAAUUGAAGCUUCUUCUGUUUACAACUCACCUUCCCUAAUUUCACCACCCUCUUCAGCAUUUGUCUCAGCUCUUCAAUCUCCUUACAUAUCACCAAGAGCCAUAAUAACCCCAACAAAUUACCCUUCUCCCCCACUUUCCUUCAGAGGGGGUUCUCAGUCAGAUGACAUUCCAAGUAGCUCAUACACUCCACCUUCAGAUCAGUAUGAGUUUUCUGAAGAUGGUUGGGGCUGUAAUGGUGUUGUUGGUGUUGGUGGGGACCAAAAGUUUGUAACUUGCUUACCUGUUUCUGACUCAUCUGCACCCCCACGUAUCUCAUUCUCUUUCCCAGUUCCUAGGAUUUCAUUUGCAAAAGGGGGGUCUCUUUCUCCUUCUUCUAAUGUUAAGUUAAGGAGUUGUGAUGUUUAUGUUGGUUUCCAUGGUCAAAAUCCAAACUUGAUUAGGUUCUGCAAGUGGGUUAAGUCUGAGCUUGAGCUUCAAGGGAUUGCUUGUUUUGCUGCUGAUAGAGCUAAGUAUUCUGAUACUCAGAGCCAUGAGAUUGCUGACAGAGUUAUUUGUUCUGUUACUUAUGGGGUUGUGGUUGUUACUGGUUUGAGUUUUCUUAACCAUCUUAGUUUGGAGGAGAUUAGGUUCUUUGCUCAGAAAAAGAACUUGAUUCCUCUCUUUUUUGAGACUGUGCCUGCUGAGAUUGUGAGUCUGCAACAAGGUGGUGAUAAAGAGUGUAGGGAAGCCAUUGAUGGGCUUAUGAAAUGUUGUAAUGAGUUUAAGCUUGAAGCUAAUGGGAGUAACUGGAGGAGUUGUAUAGCUAGAGUUGCUGGGAUUCUUAGAGGAAAGCUUGGGAGGAAGAGUGUGGCUGUAGCUGAUAUCGAAGGCGGUUUUGAGGAACUACCCUUUUCGAGAAACAAGUUUUUUGUUGGAAGGGAUAAAGAGAUUUCGGAAAUUGAAGCUACUUUGUUUGGUUAUGGAGAUUGUUUUGAGCAAGAAUGUUCUUUGCCUUUUACUAAAGGUGAAGCAAGUGGCCAGUCUGAAGGGUUAGCUGAUGAGGAAAGUGAUGUGGGAACAAGAGGAGGAGGAAGAUUCAUUAAUCUUGAGCUUGGUAAGUGUAAAGAGCCAAAGUUAGAGGCUUGGAUUGAACAACCUGUUAGAAACUCAACAAGAAGGUCUUUUUCAAAGUGUAAGAAGUCUAAAAAUGGUAGUAGUGUUAUUUGCAUAAAUGGGGCUCCUGGUAUUGGAAAGACUGAGCUUGUUCUUGAGUAUGCUUAUAGAUAUUCUCAAAGGUAUAAGAUGGUGUUGUGGGUUGGUGGUGAAGCAAGGUACUUUAGGCAAAACAUUCUUAAUCUUUCACUUAAUCUUGGGUUGGAUGUGAGUUCUGAUGCAGAGAAAGAGAGGGGAAGGAUUAGAAGCUUUGAGGAACAAGAAUUCGAAGCGUUUAAGAGAGUUAAGAGGGAGUUGUUUAGGGACAUGCCUUAUUUGUUGAUCAUUGAUAAUCUUGAGACUGAGAGGGAGUGGUGGGAAGGGAAAGAUUUAAAUGAUUUGAUCCCAAGAAACACAGGUGGUUCACAUGUUAUAAUCACUACUAGGUUGUCCAAGGUGAUGAAUUUCGACACAAUGCUGCAGCUUCCACCUUUGCCAAUCUCAGAUGCUAUGAAUUUGAUUAGGGGAAGAAGGAAGAAAGAUUACCCUGCUGAAGAGUUGGAGUUUCUUAUGAGAUUUGAUGAGAAACUAGCAAGGUUGAGCUUUGGUUUGUGGCUUGUUGGUUGCUUACUCUCCGAACUUGCAAUCACCCCAUCUGCAUUGUUUGAUGCUAUCAACAAUUUACAACUCGACGAGAGCUCUCCUUGCUCGUUCAUAAGCAUAGACGAAGAGCAGUACUGCAAGAACAACCCUUUCUUGAUCAAAGUCCUAACUUUUUGCUUUGCCAUCUUACAACAAACUAGUGGAAGAGCAAACCGACUCGCUGCAAGAAUGCUGCUAGUUGGUGCUUGGUUUGCCCCGUCUCCAAUCUCCACGAGUUUGCUCGGUACAGCAGCUGAGAACAUGCCUGCUGCAGGGAAUCGGUUCAGGAAAUGGACAAGUUGCCUAAGUAUGUCGUUUGUGUGCUGCUCGAGUUGUCUGUCAGCGCAAAACUGGAAGAGCCAAGAAGAUUCAGCUCUUCUUCUUGUCAAACUAGGAUUGGCUCGUCGAGCUAACAAGCAGGGUGGAUGUUGGAUCCAAUUCCAUCCCAUAACUCAAGUAUAUGGGAAAAGAAACCAAGGGUUGCAGGCUGCAAAGGCCACAGUAGACGGUAUAAGAAAGAGUGGAAAUCCUUUACUGAACUCUGAUCAUCUAUGGGGUUCAGCAUUUCUUGUGUUUGGAUUCAAAUCAGAGCCUCCAUUAGUCCAACUCAAGGCGAUUGACAUGGUUUUAUACAUCAAAAGAACAGCUCUACCGCUCGCCAUAAGAGCAUUCACCACGUUCUCAAGAUGCAACUCGGCUCUAGAGCUCUUAAAGGUUUGCACCAAUGUGCUAGAAGAAGUAGAGAAGUCUUUUGUGUCACAGAUUCAAGACUGGUGCCACGGCUCGUUGUGUUGGAAGAACAAGUUAAAAGGCGGCGGUAGUAACAAUCAGAGGGUGGACGAGUACGUGUGGCAAGAUGUGACACUGCUUAAGGCUACCCUGCUCGAGACAAGGGCGAAAUUGUUGAUGAGAGGAGGCCAUUUUGACAGUGGAGAAGAGCUUUGUAGAACAUGUAUUAGUAUUAGGACUGUGAUGCUUGGUCAUAACCAUGCUCACACUUUGGCUGCUCAAGAAACUUUGGCCAAGCUUGUGAGGAUGAGAAGCAAGAUAUAACAAAAAACAAAGAAAGAGGCUUUCUAGUUUAUGUUUUCUUCUUUGGGACUCAGUUUUGUUUUACAUUACUUAUGAAUAUAUAUAAUCUAUAUUUACAUCAUAUUAGAGUGAAAGGUUGCACUUUUUGCAGUGAUCAAAUCAAAGUUAGUUAAGU